UUGGUUGUGAUUGGAAAUAGGAAUGAACACUUCGCUCAAUGUAGCAGCUAAUGAGAGGCCUGGAUUGCAUAUGGCGCUUCCCCAACGCCCACUCUCGCCGCCAUUUAUGUCCCCUGAUCUCUCCUCCUCCGUCUUCACCGCCGCCGAGAAAAACCGUCCUCCUAUUCUCUCCCACAUCGAACACCCAAACCAGAACAAUCGACACCAAAAAUGCCAGUGCUGGGUACACGUCAAACACAAGAACUAGUAAACCCAUAAAAAACGGCAGAGCUCUCACUCCCAGACCUCCUCUCUCCCUCCCUCAAACCCAACAAACCCAGCAACAAAACGAUGACAAUGACAACGCAGAAGAACAAGAAGAAGAAGAGGAAGAUGAAGAUGAAAGCAGAGCACAAGGCCGUGGCCGCGGGAACUGGACUAUAGUGCUUUCGUCGAGCUUGGUGGGUCUGCUCACCGGAAUCGGCGUCGUUCUCUUCAAUUACUCUGUAAAUGAGAUCCGUGAUGUGUUCUGGGGUGGGAUGCCUCAACGGGGAGCUUCAUGGCUGAGAGAGGAGUACGUGGGAGAUACGUGGAAGCAGGUGAUUCUGGUUCCGGCUUCUGGGGGUUUGAUCGUUGCCAUAUUAAACUUUCUUCGAGAUGCUCUCGAGGAUGGUUCACAAGAUAGCAAUGGCAAUGAGCAAGGUGGAGAAAAAGGGGAGAAUUUAUUAGUGAAAAUGGGAAUGCCUGUUUCGGUUUUUGAUGGUCUCAAGGCUGCAUCGCGUCCUUUUCUCAAGGCAAUUGCUGCUUGUGUUACACUUGGGACUGGGAAUUCGUUAGGUCCCGAAGGUCCUAGCGUUGAGAUUGGAACUUCUAUAGCCAAGGGUGUCGGUGCUGUGUUUGAUAAAAGUUCGCAAAGAAGGCUUUCUCUUGUGGCUGCUGGAUCAGCUGCUGGAAUUGCUUCGGGGUUUAAUGCUGCUGUUUCGGGUUGUUUCUUUGCUGUAGAGUCAGUCUUAUGGCCAUCACCAUCUGAUUCCUCAUCUAUUUCGCUUGUGAAUACCACUUCUAUGGUCAUACUUAGUGCUGUGAUAGCUUCUGUAGUUUCAGAAGUUGGUCUAGGUUCUGAACCAGCCUUUAAGGUCCCAUACUAUGACUUCCGCUCACCUACUGAACUUCCGCUAUAUCUAUUGCUGGGUGUCCUAUGUGGCUUGGUUUCGUUAACCUUAUCAAAGUGCACAUCGUACAUGUUGGUAUUUGUUGACAAUCUUCACAAGACCAUUGGCCUACCAAAAUUUUUGUUCCCUAUCAUGGGUGGGUUAGCAGUCGGACUUAUGGCAUUGGCAUAUCCUGAAAUUCUUUAUCGGGGUUUCGAGAAUGUUGACAUUUUGCUGGAGUCUCAACCACUUGAGAAAUGCCUCUCAGCUGAUCUGUUACUUCAGCUGGUAGUGGUCAAGAUAGGUGCAACCUCAUUGUCUCGAGCCUCUGGAUUAGUUGGAGGCUUCUAUGCUCCAUCACUUUUUAUUGGUGCAGCAACAGGAAUGGCAUACGGGAAAUUCAUCAGUUCUGCAGUUGCUCAGUCCAGUCCUAUGCUUCAUCUUUCCGUCUUGGAAGUAGCAUCACCACAAGCAUACGGCCUGGUUGGAAUGGCUGCUACUCUGGCAGGAGUCUGUCAAGUACCUCUGACGUCGGUUCUGCUGCUUUUUGAAUUGACACAAGAUUAUCGUAUUGUACUACCGCUACUUGGAGCUGUAGGGUUAUCUUCGUGGAUUACAUCUGGACAGACAAGGAGAAAAGAUAUCUUGAAGACUAAGAAACUAAAACAGGGAAAGUCUAGUGGCAAUCAACAACCUGAAGUACCUUCCCCUAGUGCAAGUGGGCUUUCUUCUAGUAAUGCUUUCACAUCUAAUGCAAGCGACCUUUGUGAAUUAGAGAGUUCACUCUGUAUAGAUGGUUCUGAUAUUAAUACUGAGAACCUAGAGAAGAGGAUAUCUGUAUCCGAGGCCAUGAGGACAAGAUAUGUGACCAUUUUAAUGGACACGUUGCUUACAGAAGCAGUGACUCUCAUGCUUGCAGAAAAGCAGCCCUGUGCCAUGAUUGUCGAUGAUGAUCAUAUUCUAAUUGGUUUACUGACACUUAGAGACAUUCAAGAGUUCAGCAAUAAAUAUGCAAAAUCAAGACGACAAAGACCCAAGGAGCUUAUAGUAUCUGAAAUGUGUUCUUCAGACGGGGAAGUAUGCCGAGUACCAUGGACGGCUACGCCUGCUAUGACUCUACUUUCAGCUCAGAACAUUAUGAAUAAGUAUGGAAUGAAUCAAAUUCCAGUUGUUACACAGCAUGUUCAAGAUCACAGAGGGCACUUAGUUGGCCUUCUAGACAGAGAAUGUAUCACUCUCACGUGCAGAGCUUUAGCAACCAGAGAAUCCCUUUGCAAGUGACCAAUACCGGAUGCACUGAUUUGUUGAUAAAACAGAAUACCUGACAUCAGAUUUAUUUUGGUAAUACUGUCUGAGGACUCUCAACCUAUCCCAGACACAUACAAUUCCGGCAUCCACAUGGUUGCUGCCUUAGACCGCCCAGUGCCACAGUCAGCAAAGCCUUCCAGUCGACGCUCUGAUUGAUGAAAUCUGGGAUCAGCUAGGUUGUCCUGCCCGAACAACUACCAAAUCUAUAAACAACUGAUGGACAUAGGAACAUAUACAAAGUUGGAAGAGAAACCGUCAAAAUUGGGAUUUUCCUUUUACCAUUUUGCCUUGUAAUAUAGAGUUACUGGUUUUACUGCAAUAUCAUACAGCUGAUAUCAUUUGUUAUAAGGAAAACUAAUAUAAAGGGCUUGAAAAUUUUGAGUUUUAA